CUUUACCAACUUCCACCAGCAAUCCCCACAUUCCAUUAUUAUAUUCAACUUUAUUUCAGACACAUGAGUCCAUAUAAAAAAAACUAAAACAACGACACUUUUUACCAUCAUAAAAAAAAAAUAAAGGAAUAUUUAGAUUUAGAUCCUCCUUGGUUUUAGCAAUCAUGAUAACACUCUUUUUAGAGUUGAAUUUAACAUUAAUAUUAAGGUAUUUUGUUUUAAAACAUUUAAAUAUUGGGAGUUAUCAACAUUUAAAAUGUGAAAUGACAUUGCCCUGCUCUACUCACAUGGUGUUUGUCCGCAUUGAGCUUUCACCAUCCACAGAUCCAUUUGCUAUGAUGAUGAGCUAUGGUCUGCUUUGUACAAUCAGUAGUGCACAUAUCCACACAGCGGUCGGGCCUCUGGGCAUUCCUCUGCUAUGUGCACACACUGCCAGUUAGCUGAUCAACAUCCCAAAGCUCUAUUUCACGUUUAGGCAACCACAACAAAAAAAAACAAAUCACAAAGAUUUCCAUCUCGUACUGUAACAGGCGUCUUGUUUUUUCACCCCAGUUUGUAGCUCUCUGUGAAAAGAUACAAACGGGCCUUCCAUUGAGUUUCUGGAGAGCUCUGGAGCCCGAAGUGAGGCCCGCUCUCCGCAACAGAAGCUGCACACUCACAUUUGUGCCAUUGUUGUAGAACGGUUUGCCUUUUUAUUGCAUUCUCCUUGCCUGCUCUCACACCAUGCGUGCCAACCCCCCCCACCCCACCCCCGCACACACCUUCUCAGUGUGUAUGCUAUCCUGGGCAGCAGGCCUCUAGAACGACUGAAGCAGCUCGGCGACAUCGUGUACGAGGAUAGCGCUCAGGUUUCGCGGCGUGGUGAUGCCGAGAGUGUCAAAGACAGCUCAUUGCGUCUUUGGGUUGUCUCUCGACACAGUACAAUCUGUUUUUCUUUUUUAUUGGUUGAAUUUUCUUUUGGUCGGUUGGCUUUGUGUUGCUAAAUGCAGCAGUUGGCGGAGUCCGUUCGCCGUCUUUAUGAUGAAGACUGAGAGGGUACAGAGAGGCUGGGACUAUCCAAAUCCCUAAAGCCUCUUCCGUGGGGAGCCCAGCCGAUCCCUCAUCUUCGCCCCGGUCCAAAGAUCUGAGCUGUGAUUCCCUCCAGCAGGAUUUUAUAGAGACACAGAAAGCUCUAUUACACCAAAAGCCUGUCCCCGACAAGCCAAAUGACAAGAUAACAAGUGACAUUUUGCUCUAUAACAUUGUAUGGAGGUUUCUUACUGGAAAAAUGCCUUUAGAUCCAUUUGCUGAUCUUUUUCUUACUUAUGUUUCUGUAGUUAAGCUGUAUCUUGAUGGUGAUUUAAUAGUGUUCUAGGUCAUAUAGAACAGGGAAUAAGGCAAUUCCCUGAACCCUCAGUGUACAGUUCCUUUUGCAUAGACGUUAGCAUGUCACCUGGAACCCCUUCCCUGUAAAUACUCACCCUUCCCUCCCUCUCUUUUGUCUGCAGUCAUGGCUCCAGAGGUACGGCUACCUCCCUCCUGCAGACCCCAGAAUGUCGGUGCUGCGCUCUGCUCGAGUCAUGCAGUCCGCUAUCGCUGCCAUGCAGCGCCGCUACGGCCUCAAUGUCACAGGCUCUCUGGACAGCAGCACUAUAGGCGAUAACACGAUAAGGUGGAUGAAGAAGCCAAGAUGUGGGGUUCCCGACCAGAUAGGAGGCGCAUCCAAAUUCAGUGUCAGGAAACGGCGGUACGCCCUGACAGGACAGAAGUGGCAACACAAACACAUCACAUACAGCAUAAAGAACGUGACACCCAAAGUGGGGGCAGAGGAGACCCACGAUGCCAUUCGGCGGGCCUUCGACGUCUGGCAAAAUGUAACGCCGCUGCGCUUCGAGGCCGUGCCCUACAGCGAGCUGGAGAGGACCAAGAAAGACGUGGACAUCACCAUCAUCUUCGCUUCGGGUUUCCACGGCGAUAGCUCGCCCUUUGAUGGCGAGGGUGGCUUCCUGGCCCACGCCUACUUUCCAGGGCCGGGAAUAGGAGGCGACACCCACUUUGACUCAGACGAACCGUGGACGCUGGGCAACCCCAACCACGACGGUAAGCGUUGAUUCAUGUUCUUGGGAGAUGGUAUCAGACAUAUUUUUAAAACAAAAGGUCUGUCAGCUGAUUCACCUGGAAUGAGUGUGUGAAUGUAGAAUAUGUACAGGGUUGAUAUUUUGCGUCUAGGCUCCGUCUCUCCCCAUAAAGAAACCCAGAGCUCAGCACAUCAGGGAGUGGAGGGUGACGAUAAUAACUUAUCCUCUCGGGGAACAAAGUCUCAGAGCCUACAGGUGGAUGCUGAGGCGGAGCUGCUGCCUGUGAAAUGCUAUACGAACAGCGCUAGCGGUGAGCGGGGAGUGAUGAGAAUAACUUAGCCCUAGAGGAGCAUAGACUCAGAGCCUACAGCUGGAUGCUGAGGUGGAGCUUUUGAAAUGCUAUAACAACAACAACAACAACAACAACAACAACAACAACAACAACAACAA